UUUGUCCAUCAUAUUUAGCAGGUUAAGUUUUCGUACAGUUUUCUUUUGAAGCAUAUAUACUAUCGUUCUUGCUUUGAAAUUUCUUUCAUCAAUAGAUUUAGAAUGAUGGUUCCACAGAUGCUGUCAAGGCUAUGGUCAUACUUUGUGUUUGUGUCAAGCAAGAAGGCAAGGCUCACAGGGCAGUCCCCUGAUGGCAGAGAAACUGCCCUGCUUAACUAUGUUCUUAACAAGGCAGAGGAAGGAAAUUCAGGGGCUGUCUUGGCUGCCAUUGAUGAUUACACUCAGAGUGUUUGGAUGAUGAACAUUGGCAAGCAAAAGGGUUCCAUUCUGGAAUCUGCAGUGCAGAGAUGUGAACCCAAAUUGGCCUUGGAGCUUGGAACUUAUUGUGGGUAUUCUGCCAUUAGAGUUGCUUCCAAGAUGACAAAGCCUGGCAGCAAGCUGAUCUCUAUAGAAAUGAAUCCAAAUAAUUGCAAUGUUGCCAAAGCAAUGAUUAAUCAUGCAGGGGUUGCAUCAGAGGUGGAAGUCAUGGAAGGAACAUUGAGUGACAAAGUGGAGGACUUGUGUGAGAUCUUGGAUGAUGAAGGGGUUCCACACUUUGAUUUUAUAUUGAUGGAUCACUCCAAGCAAAGUUACCUCUCAGAUUUCUUGGUGCUUAAGGAGAGAGGAAUGAUUGGGAAAGGAACUGUCAUUGUGUCCAACAAUGUGGGUUCAGAUUUCUCCAACUAUCUGCAAAGCAAAAGUAAUGAAUUGGAGAGUGAAGAGCACAAGUGUAGUGCAGAGUACUUGAGUCUGCUCCCAUCUGUCAUCACUGUUUCAACUUUCAAAGCUGAUCUCCCCAUCUCUAUUAGGACAUAAGUUUUCUGUGUUAACAUGUUUGCAUUAGAAAGUUAGUCUUUGAAUAGAGCUUUUUCUGUAAUUUCUGGCAUGAUUUUUUUCAUGUUCAAGCCUUGAGCUACACUAGCUAGCUUAUGUAAUCCUUUCUACUGGUCAAAGAAUUUAGAUAGCAAUAAAAGAAUCUUGUUGGUU